GCCAUUUUACCAUUCACCACAUUGGUGUGCACCUGGGUAGAUGGACAGACCGUUGAGUCCCUAACGAUUGCGAACACCUGAAUGAAGCAGAAGGCUUCAUUUGGUGACCCCGACGUGAUCGUUAGGGAAUAGUGGUCGGCCACAGACGGCGUGGCGAUCCUGCCCUCAUCCGUCUCGCUUAACGGAGCGAGGACGAUGACCCUAGUAGAGGGGGCUGCGGCUUAGGAGGGCAGAAGCUGAGUGACGUCGGAGGGAGCUCCACGGCCGGGGGCCAAGAUAACCUACCGAGAACUCAGAGAGUCGUUGGAAGACGGGAAGGAAACCCGACGACUGAGCAGUCCACCUCAGGCACGAUUCCGGUCGCCCUGUGGAUCAAGCAUGGAAGCCGUCAUAAAGGUGAUUUCGUCCGCGUGUAAAACCUAUUGCGGGAAAACCUCUCCUUCUAAGAAGGAAAUAGGGGCCAUGUUGUCCCUGUUACAAAGGGAAGGGUUGCUUAUGUCUCCCUCAGACUUAUAUUCCCCGGGGUCCUGGGAUCCCAUUACCGCGGCGCUCUCCCAGCGGGCAAUGGUACUUGGGAAAUCGGGAGAGUUAAAAACCUGGGGAUUGGUUUUGGGGGCAUUGAAGGCGGCUCGAGAGGAACAGGUUACAUCUGAGCAAGCAAAGUUUUGGUUGGGAUUAGGGGGAGGGAGGGUCUCUCCCCCAGGUCCGGAGUGCAUCGAGAAACCAGCAACGGAGCGGCGAAUCGACAAAGGGGAGGAAGUGGGAGAAACAACUGCGCAGCGAGAUGCGAAGAUGGCGCCGGAGAAAAUGGCCACACCUAAAACCGUUGGCACAUCCUGCUAUCAUUGCGGAACAGCUACUGGCUGUAAUUGCGCCACAGCCUCGGCCCCUCCUCCCCCUUAUGUGGGGAGUGGUUUGUAUCCUUCCCUGGCGGGGGUGGGAGAGCAGCAGGGCCAGGGGGGUGACACACCUUGGGGGGCGGAACAGCCAAGGGCGGAGCCAGGGCACGCGGGUCUGGCCCCUGGGCCGGCCCUGACUGACUGGGCAAGGAUCAGGGAGGAGCUUGCGAGUACAGGUCCGCCCGUGGUGGCCAUGCCUGUAGUGAUUAAGACAGAGGGACCCGCCUGGACCCCUCUGGAGCCAAAAUUGAUCACAAGACUGGCUGAUACGGUCAGGACUAAGGGCUUACGAUCCCCGAUCACUAUGGCAGAAGUGGAAGCGCUCAUGUCCUCCCCGCUGCUGCCGCAUGACGUCACGAAUCUAAUGAGAGUUAUUUUAGGACCUGCCCCAUAUGCCUUAUGGAUGGACGCUUGGGGAGUCCAACUACAGACGGUUAUAGCGGCAGCCACUCGCGACCCCCGACACCCAGCGAACGGUCAAGGGCGGGGGGAACGGACUAACUUGGAUCGUUUAAAGGGUUUGGCGGAUGGAAUGGCCGGCAAUCCAGAGGGUCAGGCUGCAUUAUUAAGACCGGGGGAACUGGUUGCUAUUACGGCGUCGGCUCUCCAGGCGUUUAGAGAGGUCGCUCGGUUGGCGGAACCCACAGACCCGUGGGCGGAAAUUACGCAGGGACCAUCUGAGUCCUUUGUGGAUUUUGCCAAUCGUCUUAUAAAGGCGGUUGAAGGGUCAGAUCUCCCACCUUCCGCGCGGGCUCCGGUGAUCAUUGACUGCUUUAGGCAGAAGUCACAGCCAGAUAUUCAGCAGCUUAUACGGGCAGCACCCUCCACGCUGACCACCCCAGGAGAGAUAAUCAAAUAUGUGCUAGACAGGCAGAAGACUGCCCCUCUUACGGAUCAAGGCAUAGCCGCGGCCAUGUCGUCUGCUAUCCAGCCCUUAGUUAUGGCAGUAGUCAAUAGAGAGAGGGAUGGACAAACUGGGUCGGGUGGUCGUGCCCGAGGGCUCUGCUACACUUGUGGAUCCCCGGGACAUUAUCAGGCGCAGUGCCCGAAAAAACGAAAGUCAGGAAACAGCCGUGAGCGAUGUCAGCUGUGUGACGGGAUGGGACACAACGCUAAACAGUGCAGAAGGCGGGAUGGCAGCCAGGGCCAACGCCCAGGAAGAGGCCUCUCUUCGGGGCCGUGGCCCGUCUCUGAGCAGCCUGCCGUCUCGUUAGCGAUGACAAUGGAACAUAAAGAUCGCCCCUUGGUUAGGGUCAUUCUGACUAACACUGGGAGUCAUCCGGUCAAACAGCGUUCGGUGUAUAUCACCGCGCUGUUGGACUCUGGAGCGGACAUCACUAUUAUUUCAGAGGAGGACUGGCCCACCGAUUGGCCAGUGAUGGAGGCCGCGAACCCGCAGGUCCAUGGGAUAGGAGGGGGAAUUCCCAUGCGAAAAUCCCGGGAUAUGAUAGAGGUGGGGGUUAUUAACCGAGACGGGUCUUUGGAGCGACCCCUGCUCCUCUUCCCCGCAGUAGCUAUGGUUAGAGGGAGUAUCCUAGGAAGAGAUUGUCUGCAGGGCCUAGGGCUCCGCUUGACAAAUUUAUAGGGAGGGCCACUGUUCUUACUGUUGCGCUACAUCUGGCUAUUCCGCUCAAAUGGAAGCCAGACCACACGCCUGUGUGGAUUGACCAGUGGCCCCUUCCUGAAGGUAAACUUGUAGCGCUAACGCAAUUAGUGG